AUGAGCGAGCAAUACCUUGGCCUGCCUAUUGCCCCAGCAGAUACAGCCUUCGGGUUAAUGGCAGAGUACGAUGCAGACCAGCACCCAAACAAAGUAUCCCUGAUAGCAGGGGCCUACCGCGACGAGAACGGCCAACCCUGGGUACUUCCGAGCGUGAGAGAGGCAAAAGAGCUCCUCGCUCAAAGUCAAAACCAUGAAUAUCUCGGCAUCGCAGGCUCCCCAGCCCUAAUUAACCUAGCCCAGUCCCUUACAUUCGGAUCCGAGAUUACCGCAAAGCUAGAAAAGAGCAUCGCUUCCAUCCAAACAGUCUCAGGAACAGGCGCAAACCACAUGGCUGCACACUUUCUAGCACAUCAUCUUCGCCCAAAGCGGGUAUUCAUACCCUCGCCGACAUGGAUCAAUCAUAAGACUAUCUGGGCCAACGUCGGGGUCCCUAUCGCAGAGUAUCCUUACUACUCCACAAAAACCAGGGGAGUGGACUUGGAAGGAAUGCUCUCAGUGUUUAAAACAACCGCCGAGGAGAGAGAUGUAGUGAUCCUGCAAGCCUGUGCACACAACCCGACAGGUGUGGACCUCACCCACGAGCAAUGGGCACAAGUAGCGGAGGUAAUGAAGCGGAAGAAACUAUACGUUGUGUUUGACAGCGCAUACCAAGGAUUUGCUACAGGCGACGUGGACGGUGAUGCCUGGUCAAUUCGGUUUUUCGUGGAGCAACUGAUCUUGGAUGGACAGCCCGACUGUCCAGGCCUCUGCGUGGCUCAGUCUUUUUCUAAAAAUUUCGGACUUUAUGGCGAGCGUGUAGGUGCUCUCCACCUUGUCGUGCCGCGGCAUCUUGGAGCUCAGGGUGCCCGCUCGGAAUUGGUUGCUCUCGCUCGCUCCGAGUACUCCAAUCCCCCUCGCUUCGGGGCGAGUAUUGUUGAGACUGUCCUGGGGAAUGAGAAGUUGAAAGGUCAAUGGUUGAGAGAUUUGGAUACUAUGAGUUCGAGAAUCAAGAACAUGCGGCGUGAGCUUCGCAGAAGGCUGGAAAGCAAGGGGACGCCCGGGGAUUGGUCGGUUUUGGAGAGCCAGAUUGGUAUGUUUAGCUACACGGCGCUGGAUCAGGAACAGGUCACUCGUUUGCGGGAGAAGUUUCAUAUCUAUCUCUUGCCUUCCGGGAGAGUGAGUAUCUGUGGGCUGAACGAGAAGAAUAUUGAGUAUGUGGCGAGUGCAUAUGGUGAGGUGAUCGAAUUCAAUUCUAGCUGA